CACAUAAAAUGUUUUGAAAUAGAAAAAAAAUGAAAAUGUUUUAAAUUGUACAAUGCCGCAAAACGAUGGCCAGGAAGAUCAGCCGAAAAUUUCGACAUUCGCAGUAUUGGAUUUGGAGACAACCAAUUUGCCUGCGCAUAACCACAACAAGGUGGGAAUCACAGAGCUGUGCAUCUACGCGUUUGAGGCAGCCCUUCUGAAGGAACAUGUUGAAGAAACAGAAGGACAAGGGGAGAAUGAGGUUCCGGCACCGUCUUUACCCCCGCUGCCCCGUGUGUUGCACAAGCUAAAUGUGCUAUUUCAGGCGUCUCAGAUGGUGCAUCCGGAUGCAGAAAGACAUACAGGGCUAAACAACUACAUACUCGAACGCGAAUCGAAGUUAGACGAUAACUCUGCUCAGAUGAUCCUUAACUUUGUGAAGCAUUUGCCGUCUCCGGUGUGCCUGGUGGCUCACAAUGGCUGGCAUUUUGAUUUUCCUAUCGUAAGGAAAGCAUUUGCUAAUCUAAAUCAGGAAUUCCCACCUACUGUGACUUGCCUGGACUCACUUCGUGCCUUUUUGGAGAUCGAUGACAAGCAUUCCCGUGAAGAAGGACUUAUGAAAAUUCCCCAAAGCUUGUCCGUGAAGGUGGAGGAACCUGAACCUCUGAAUUAUUUUCUGAAAAUCGAAGGGGAGGACGUUGAUGAACCUCUGGUGGUGUCCGUGAGUGACCAACUGGAGGAAACUGAGCCCACAAAGAAAAUUGACUGGCGAUUGCUGAAUGAAACCACUCCAAAACGUCCAAUUCUGACCCCCAUAGAAGCUGCUUCAAAGCGUAGACAAAUGUCAGAGAGCGAGGAUGAUGAACUGGAGGCGUCGCCACCAGCUAAGCGAACACUGGGCUCUCGUCGGAAACUAUUCAGCGGCCUAAAGUGUGCUGAUAGAAAGCGUUUUCCACCCAAGGGCAAGUACAGUUUGGGAUCACUGUUUGAAAGAACAUUCAAACAGCCAGCAACUAAUGCACAUCAAGCUGAGGCGGAUGUAGCCAUGCUCACGUCGCUUAUCCAACAUUACGGCAUGGAUUUCCUGGCCUUUGCGGAGGAGCAAGCCAUUCCAUUCAGCCAAAUCACUCCACUUGGCUCACCCCUACGACGUAAAUGCUAGCUAGCAGCUGUGGAAUUCAAUAUUUUAUAAGGCAUGGCAUGUAGAGUCGUCGAGCCAUUGCAGAAUGAAUUUAUGAAUUCGUUUUUUAUAUUGUAUAUUUUUUAACAUGCAUUUGGUUUAUAUUUGUGUGACUUUGGGACCUGGAAUAAAGUUGUAUAUUACAAA